GUCAAAAAGCAAGAGCUAAACUUUCUUUAUAAACCAAAGCAAAGCUUAAAGGCAAGCAAAUCCAAAAGGCAAAGAAUUUCUACACAAAGCCAAAUGUGCGUUUCAAGCUUUUAUAACCAUCUGAUCUGAUCCGUACCGAAUAAAGAACCCACCAAAACCAAUCAAACAAAACUGAGGAACAGUAUUUUACUUGCUACAAGUUUCAAAUUUUGAUUUCUGAAAGAUCCCAGUUCCAAUUUCCAAAUUGCUCGUACCAAAUUCUGAUGAACAUGGAAAACGCAAGCACAAGCACACAGGUAGAUUUCGUUAUUAAGCCAGUUUUCCUGAAAACUGGUAUUCCUCUGGCCUUUGCUGCAGCAGCUGGUUUUAUUUUGGCUCGGAUUACCAGAAGGAAAUGUCCAAAUCAUGAUGCUUCCAAAGCAGAAAAACAUAUUUAUUGCCAAGAUGAAGUGAGCUUGCAUGAUCUGGAGCGCCUUGAUUCAUCAAAUGUGUCCUGUUUGGGCUCUGAUCAUUCUGAUACAGAAACAAAUCAGGGCAACUCCGAAAGAGAAGCGCAGGAUCAACGUUCACAUGAGCUAGAAGAAGAGGUCUUGCUCUUAAGAGAUCAAGUGAAAAAUCUUCACGUGAGGGAAUUGGAGUUAAAGAUAGAGCACUUUCAUUAUCGUGACCUUAAAGGGCAGGAAACGGUGGCUAUGGAGGUGGAGAAGAUGUUAUUGCUGGAGAUAACUAGAGCCCAGAUCAUGGAAAAAGAUAUCUCAUCCGCGGAAGCAGAGAGGCAGCGUUUUCAAAUGGCAAUUGAUUACCAGAAAAUUUAUGUACUGCUUCAGUUAUCGAGAUCAAGAAAUAGAUUGCUUCAGAGGAGGAUCAAUAAGCUCCUGAGGAAGACCAGCAAGCAAAGGCAAUUCAUUGAAGAACAAAAUAAGAAGAUUGAAGCUGCAGAGAAAUCAGCAAUUUGCCAGGAACUAAAGGCAAAGAGUGAAAUCAUUAGAAAGAUGGAAGAUGAAAUCCGGGAAAAAGAAGUGACUCUGGUUAGGUUGCAAGAGGAGAAGAAUGACUUGUCAAACCAGAUGGAACUGGCUAACCAAUCAGCUCUAUUGAAGAUUGAAGCAGAGAAGGUGAAAAUGGAAGAUAACUACAGGGAAGUUGCAAGUAAAUUGGAAGAACUCGAGUCCCAACGUGCCAUGGAAACCGAAGAAUUGAUUUACCUAAGGUGGUGCAAUGCGUGUCUAAGGCACGAGUUAAUGAGGAAGAACCAAGAACUACAAGACCCAAAUCAAGGUAACAAAAAGAACCAACCAAUGGAGUUGAAAUUUGGGGAAAUUGCAGAUCUUGGGUUUGGAUCAGAUGAUUAUGAGAUGGGAAGUCAUCCCAAUUCGGAGAAUGGACAUUCCUGCUUACAGUUAACCACAACAAGCGGCCGUCAUCGUGCUCAUUCAUCAAGGAGGAAAAGAUUUAUGGAGAAAUUCAAACGAUGGAUGGAAGGGGAUGACAAAGAGAAACAUGAACAUAAGCUGUUUGGAAGACAUUCCGUUCCUCAUAGUCCAGAUCAUCAAGGACAUAUAACUCAUGCAAGGAGAAAGUCAUUCUCCAGUGCCUGAUCAUCACAUUUUCCAGUCUGAGUACAUUCAUCCCAAUAGGCAAAGAGAGAAAUUUUUUAUGCGAAGAUGAACAACUGUAUUUAUUUUGGACAAUAACAGAAGAAGUGAAUUGUUGAAACUGUAUUUAUUACCUUGAACAAUAACAAAAGAAAUAAUCAAGAAACUAGACUAAGUGACUAAUGCUAUUCAUCUAAACCUAAUUAGUGCAAAACUAAAAACAAGAUAAAGAGAAGUAAAUGUUCAAAAAUGGAGAUAAUAUAAAAGGCUCGAUACAUUUAAUCAAACACUUC